GUCCACGACAGCGGCGCGGAGCAAGGCUCCCGGAGCUUCGGGAUCUGGCGAAGGAUAUCUGCCCGCGUGACCCUCCCGGUCGACGGGAGGAAGAGGGCGACAAGGCCCCACGGACGCGGGGAGGCUACCCCGCGGUGAUUUCGGUUGGAAGAGGUUCCCGACCCACCAUCAAGAUUUUGUCCAAAAGCAGGCAAGAGGAUCGCCCUGCGCUGAGCCGCCUGGUGGGCAGCAGGCGCCGGCUCAUCGCGGCCGGUGCGCUAGGGGUGGUCAUGGUGCUGCUGCUGGUCAUCCUCAUCCCGGUGUUGGUGAGUUCGGCGGGAACAUCGGCGCACUACGAAAUGCUGGGCACCUGCCGCAUGGUCUGCGACCCCUACGGCGGAACCAAGGCGCCCAGCACGGCGGCCACACCCGACCGCGGCCUCAUGCAGUCGCUGCCCACCUUCAUCCAAGGCCCCAAGGGUGAGGCCGGCCGGCCGGGUAAAGCCGGGCCUCGGGGCCCCCCGGGGGAACCAGGUCCGCCGGGGCCGGUGGGUCCGCCGGGAGAGAAAGGCGAACCCGGGCGCCAGGGUCUACCUGGCCCGCCGGGAGCUCCGGGCUUGAACGCGGCCGGGGCGAUCAGUGCCGCCACUUACAGCACGGUGCCCAAGAUCGCCUUCUACGCGGGCCUGAAGCGCCAGCACGAGGGUUACGAGGUCCUGAAGUUCGACGACGUCGUCACUAACCUGGGGAACCAUUACGAUCCGACGACCGGCAAGUUCACAUGCUCCAUCCCGGGCAUCUAUUUCUUCACCUACCACGUGCUCAUGCGGGGCGGCGAUGGCACCAGCAUGUGGGCUGACCUCUGCAAGAAUAACCAGGUGCGAGCUAGUGCCAUCGCACAAGAUGCAGAUCAAAACUAUGAUUAUGCCAGCAACAGCGUGGUCCUACAUUUGGAACCAGGAGAUGAAGUCUAUAUAAAAUUAGAUGGUGGAAAAGCACAUGGAGGAAACAACAACAAAUACAGCACAUUUUCUGGAUUUAUAAUUUAUGCUGACUGAUAUUAAACACAAACUAAAUGACCUUCUAAUGAUCAAUUCUCUUGGCAAAAAUAAAAGGAUGAAAAAAGCCCAAGGGAUAUUGGUCAUAAGACUCUUCAGGAGUGAAGCCAAAUGCUACCUAACCCAUAUCUGUACAACCCAGAGAAAGAUGUUUAAAAAAUUAGAACCAGUGUAAGAGGUGUGUGAUCUACUAUCACCAAAGCAAAAUAGUCCUUGUUGUUAAUGUUCAUGUGAAUGAAUUCUAUAUAAAUCACAAUUUUUUAUAGAGAGAAAGAAAAAAGAGCACCAAAUUACUUCUUCAGCAUAUGUAGUAUCCUUGGUGUGCUAUGAUUUCAUGCUGCUUUUCUUCAUCCAUCAGCUUUGGUGCUUAUGACUUGUCUGCUAACUAUGAGCCAAUUCUGAGUAUAUAGUGAAGAAUGUUUUUCAAUAAAAGGGAGAUGUAAGAGAAAUUCUACUGUUCCUGCCAAGGGAUAUAUUUGCCUAAUAUUUCUGUUCCUUGGCUAUUUAGAAAUAGGAAACAGGCCUCCUUCAAAGCUUAGCUCUAAUGUUGUUGUACUUAGAUGGAAAUACAACUACAGCACAAUUGUCUCAUUUUCUGUUAUUGCUUCAAUAUUAUGCAAUUGUUAAUAUUAUGUAAUUCCUUAUAGGCAUACUCCCCUCUAGAACCAGGAGGAUUGUCCCAUUUAGUUUGAUAGAGUAAGAACAUAUUCAAGAAUAUGAAUAUGAAGUAAAUGGCCAGAUUUCUGUAUGCAAAGCAAGAGUCAGAAACAAUAAUAAAACAAUUGCAUUCCAUGAAAACAAAAUAUGAAAUUAAAAAAAACAGCAACCCUAUAUUCUGGGACUAGGAGUGUUGGCGGUAUUAUUUCUAAUAUUUAUUAAGAAUAUAAUUUGAUUACUGUUUAAGAAAUUAAAAGGGAUAGAAUUCAUGAUGUAGAUACUCAGGAGCAGCAGUUUGCUACAAGUUAAAUGUUGAAUGUUGGGCAUCAUAAGUUACAACAGUAGAAAAAUAUUUCAGUUUUCUUGCUGCAUACUAAAAGAAUUUAGUAGCUUUUUUUCAACACCUUUCAAAUCUCAUACUACGUGCCAUUUACAAUUCAAUUUACAAUUAGAGUCCU